AUGCCUUACUGGAAGCACGAGCGGAAGUCUGUAGAAAUUCAAACAAAUGGAGUUGCUAAAUUGGAGUUUGCGGUGCAGAUGAGCUGUGAGAGCUGUGUAUGGGCCGUAAAAGAUGCACUUGAAAAACAGCCCGGUGUGCAGUCGGUGCAGGUGGACUUGGCUCGGGAGGAGACUUUGUUUGAGAUGUCACUUUCCACUCGAGAGGUUCAGGGUCUGACUGAGAACACGGGCAGGAGAGCUGUAUUGAAGGGGAUUAGGGGAUCAGAACCAGAUCUGGGCGCUGCCGUGGCUAUGCUGAGUGGGGCGGGGCCAGUGCAGGACAUGGUCCGGUUCCUGCAGCUGUCCGAGGAUUGUUGUUUGAUUGACGGUACGAUUGACGGUUUAGAGCCCAGAGCUCACGGCCUUCACGUUCAUGAGCUCGGAGACCUCACACAUGACUGCAUGAGUUGUGGUGAGCACUACAACCCUUUUGGGAAACAGCAUGGAGGCCCACAGGACACAGAGAGGUUGGAGUAG